GGCUGAUGCGCCCGUCCCCUCGGCGCUGACUGGCGCGGCGUUUCGUCAGUCCGACGCUCGGCCAGUGCAGCGCUGAAGGCGCGGGCGGGGGAGGCCGGUGGGAGUGCGUGGAGGGGUGGUGUUUUCGGGCACUGAGGGCUGCUCGCCAUGGCUGGCGUGGAUUUGUUUUCGCAUCCCGCGCUGUACACGCGCUACCGGGCUGGGCUCUGCUCCGCCGCUGCACUGGCGCUGUUGCUCAUCACGACGCUCACCUACGUGCCGCCGCUGCUGGUGGCCUACCGUAGCCACGGUUUCUGGCUGAAGCAAAGCGCGUACCAGGAGCAGCCCACUGUUCGUUUCCGGUACGAGGUUCUCUUCGUCGCCACCAUGGGGUCUGGCCCAGGCAGCUUCUUGGCGUGGAGCACAUUCCCAGCCUUCAACAGGCUCCAGGAGGACCGGCUCCGAGUCCCGCUCCUGUCGACUAGAGAAGAAGACAAAAAUCAAGAUGGCAAAAUGGAUCAGUUGCAUUUUAAAUUGGAACUUCCACUACAACCAGCAGAGCAUGUAGUUGGCGUUCAGUUGAUUCUCCUCUUUUCCUACCACCUUUAUAGAAUGUCAACAUUUGUGAUGCAGAGCAUGGCUUUUCUUCAGUAUUUUUCUCCUGUGCCAGGCUCUCAGCUCUAUGUGAAUGGAGAUUUGAAAUUAAACCAGAGGCAAUUACUUAACCAUUGUGGACUGGAUACCAGAUACAAUGUGUCUGUGGUCAAUGGCACAAGUCCUUUUGCAAGUGACUAUGAUCUAACAAACAUCAUUGCAGCAUAUUGGGAUAGAAAUGUGACAACAGUGUUUUCAGAUCCCAGCCCUGUUUGGAUGACUGGAAGAGCGAUGGAUACGCCAUUUAUCAUUAAUGCCACCAUUCACUACCCAGUAGAAGUUAUCUUAUAUCAGCCGGGAUUUUGGGAAAUUAUUAAAUUUGCCUGGAUCCAGUAUGUCAGCAUCCUCCUUAUCUUUCUUUGGGUGUUCGGUAGGAUUAAGAUGUUUUUGUUCCAGAAUCAGGUGUUGACUACAAUUCCAGUAUCACCACUUCUGCCUCUAUCUCCAGUACUAUCCUACAAACAGCACCAGUCCUGAAGAGAUGCCUGAGAACACUUUAUAGAAAUGCCAAAAAUAGUAACCCAGUUUUAUUCUCUAUAUACUUCUUACUUCAGAAGAUCAGAAUUUUGUAUGUUCCAAGUAUGCUCUGUUCAUGCUUCCUUUUGAAAAUACAUGUUCAUUCAUCUGAUUUCUUUAGGAACACUGCUUUGGAACUGAAAAAUUUUAUAUUUUUGACAGUUAAAGAAGAGACUAGUUAUUUUUUUUGCAACUGGAACGCACAUCAAAACCCAUCUUGAAAACUGAAAAUAAUAUGCUAAAAUCAACAACAUUACAACAUUAACUGUUUCUACUUCUUGUAAAUCAAUUCACUGUAGUCUUAGAGUUGUGAAGAGUUAUUUGUACGUGCAUUUAUGUGCACUGUGAAAUGAAAAAAUGCAUGGAUGAGUUAAGGUCAGAGUGCUUCUGUAACUGUGGCUAUACAUACUCAACAGUUUAAUUAUUAAAUUGUAUGAUGAAUAAAUUCAAGGUUGAUGUGAGAAA